AUGACGGCCGACACACGAGAUGACAGAAUUCCCGUGGAUAGGGGAUGGGCAUGGAUUGUACUAGCCGGUUCGCUGAUGAUAUCAACAAUAAAUGUAGGAACGGAGAAAUCGUACGGAAUCUUCUUCAUUGAAUUUCUUCGGACCUUCAAGGGCACUGUGUUCAUGACUGUGAUGAUAAACACUAUGUUGACUGUGGUUUACUGUGUAACAGCGUCAUCACUAUUACUGGUUGGCUUCACACGGCUGAGUAUCAGGACGUUUGUGUUUGUGGGUAUAACCCUCUCUGCCGUUGGUUACGGUAUCAGCAGCUUUGCAACCGGACUGGAAUUCCUGAUAGCGUCACAAAGCAUCCUCAUAGGAGCUGGUAACGCAUUGCAUAAUCCACCGAUAUUCAUCCUUCUGGGAGAAUAUUUUGAGAAGAAAAAAGGUCUGGCGAAUGGUGUAUUUAUAGCGGGGAAUUCCCUCGGAGGAAUCCUCAUGCCGCCAUUAUAUAGAUAUGUCUUUGACCAGUAUGGACUCCGUGGUGGACUUAUAAUCACGGCUGGUAUCACAUUAAAUUCUUUGGUGGCAGCAGCUUUGUUGCGUCCGACAGACUUCUACACUAAAAACGGUACAGAAUUAUUACAUGGAAAUGGUUAUGUAGAUAAGGACGCUAUUAGUAAUACAGACAAUACACGGGCAACUAAUGCAGAGAUGUGCUUGGAAGACAGGACCGAUUCUGAUACCGCAUGUCCAUUCAUUUCUACCGACAGAAGUCCCAUCCAUGACAAAGCACACAAUGUGGAUGUUAUCGUGGAUAAGAUAUCUCGUUCUAGCAUCGUCAGAUACCUAAGUACCGGCGAUAUUACGUCAAUGUCUAGUCUGACAGAAAGUAUAGAUCGACAUAUCACCAACACGGAAGACGACCAAUUCAGUACAGGGGGUCUAUUAUUUCGAUGUAAGAGUAAAAUCGAUUGUUCAUUGUUGAAAAAUAGUCUAUUUAUUUUGUUUCUCGCCAUUUAUUGCUUUGGAAAUGUAGCUAUAAUGUGUGCUCAUAUUUACAUACCAACGUACGCCAGAGAUAUCGGGAUCGAGGAUCAAAGUAUAGCAAUCCUCGUCUCCAUUACCAGUGUCACCGACUUCGUCGGACGCAUCCUAGCGGGCUUCCUAGCAGAUAAGCCGUCAAUAAGUCCACAUAUGGUCGUCAUAAUCUCACAGGUUGUUGUUGGCACUGUCUUGCAGUUUACAGUAUAUUACACCUCGUUCUGGCGGCUGGUCAUUUUUGUCGCCAUAUUUGGUUCUACGGCCGGUAUGAUAGCCGCCUUGUUCCCGCCAAUGAUGAUCGAGAUUGUGGGAAUGAAGAGAUACCGUAGCGCCAUGGCCAUUUUUAUCAUCUGUGUGUGUCUGUUUAAUGGACUCGCUUUACCAAUUCUAGGUUACUUCCGUGACAUCACCGACACUUUCCACGUCACCUUCCAUGUAAUGGGAGCCUCGUCGUUCAUAGCUAUUGGUCUUCUGGUGAUAUUUCACGUCAUCACAAAGAAAAAGGAACGCAAGAACGAAAUGGACACGCAGAAAAACUAA